AUGGCUUAUCUUGAUGCUCACUACCACCGUGUAAUCUCAUCACUGAAGAUUCGAAACGUAGUUCCACUAAUGUAUCUAUAUGAACAUGAGCUUGAAAAUGGUGAGCAUGUUCUGUGGAUUAUAUUACCGCGCUACUCUCGUUCUUUGCGUGAUUAUUUAUACAAAAAUAUUCAAACUAUUACUCUUGAUAGUGUACUGAAUUUUGCCAUAAAUAUAGCAGAAACGUUGGUUGCCUUACAUCAGAAUGAAAUAGUUCAUCGUGACAUCAAAGCCAGCAAUAUUUUACUAGAUGAGAAUUAUGUAUGCUAUCUAACUGAUUUUGGAACAGCGAGAGAAGGAACAUUCAACGACACGAUUGUCGGUACAAUGCCAUUACCACCAGAAAUGAUUUCAGCACUAAACAAUGAGUCUGGAAUGGUAUUUACGUAUAACGGCGCAGCAGCGGAUAUAUAUUCAUUUGGAUUACUACUUUAUGAAAUGCACCCAAAGCCAUACUAUCAACGUAUUCACCCUCAAAGAUUUGAAGAGGUUCAACAUUUAUUACAACAACACAAUGUUCGUUCCGUAACUGGUUUCGCUGCCAUUGCUAAACUAAUUGAAGCUUGUGCACAAGACAAGCCAAGCGCUCGUCCUUCAGCACAAACGGUGUUGGAUCGGCUUCGGAUGAUACGAAAGAAUUCCACAGCUAAUAUUUUGGCCAAUGACAAAGAGUGUGUGGUGUGCUUGGAGCAUGAGCGUCAAGUGAGGUUCCGACCAUGCGGUCACAAAGUCGUAUGCCAAUAUUGCUGGGAUGAGUUGCAAGUACGCAAUGAAGGACAUAAUUGUGUUUUUUGUAGAGGAUUGAUUGAGGAUCACAUUAAUGACACUGAACAUGAUCAAACAUUAUAUCUAUUGAACUGAGUGUUGAAGAGAUUGACGCUAAAUAAUUUAUUUUGUCAUGACUAAUCGAAUAAGAUUGAAUCAAUAUUUUUAAAUGAUUUUCCAAGCCUCAAAUAUUGAUUGAUUGAAUUAUCUGUGCUUGCAAAAUUCAUCCAAAAACGGAAAUGCUGAUGUUCGUGAAGGAAUACUAAGAUAAUAUUGUGCAGUAGGCAAUUAUUGGCACUAUCCGAUCUGGAAAACUUAGGAAGCAACACAUCCGAGACUUUGGGAUCCGCUAUACAAAAUUUUGGAUUAAUUUAAACUUGCAUUUGAAUUUGGGCUUGACUUUGAGUUUGGUGGGGUGUGGGUGGGUGUGGGUGUGGGUGUGGGGGUGGGUGGGUGUGGGGGUGGGUGUGAGGUCGGGGUGG